GGGUGUGCAGAAACAAUUCAACGAAUCAACAUCAGGUUAACAUAAUUUCAUUAAAAAUGGCAGCGCUGAAACAAGUGGCGGCUGCAACUGAGUAGAAUUAUUCGGAAGUCCUCCUCUACGGCUCAUGAUCUUUUAGGAAGUUUUUUAAUGCAUCUUGCUGUAUAAUUCUGUUCGCCCAUCCACUAGCGUCGUUCGUGAGUUGGUGGCAAUCGUCUUUGGAAGUUUACUGCAGACAGAACGAUGAAUCGCCUGAUUCGACUCAUCACAUUUGAUGUGAACAAAACCAUGAUCAAAGUGAGAGGAAGCCCAGGGUUACAGUAUGCAAACAUCGCCAAAGCCUGUGGGAUAGAUGUUGAUGUCAACACCCUCGACACUGCCUUCUUGGGAGCCUACAAAAACGAAAGUAUUCAGCAUCCCAACUUUGGAAAACAGCAAGGUUUAUCAGACUACCAGUGGUGGAGUAACGUGGUACACAACUCCUUCCAUGUGGCAGGGAUUUUUGACACAGAUCCUGUUUUGGUGGACAUUGCAGAUAAAUUGUACCGUCAUUUUCUUACAGCAGAAAGCUGGGAGGUCCUCCCAAACACUGUAGAAGUUCUAACAACGCUGAAAGAGAAAAACUAUCAGCUGGGCGUAAUUUCAAACUUUGACAGCAGGCUUCAGGCAGUGCUGGCAGCCCUUAGCUUGGAUCAGUACUUUGACUUUGUAGUCACAUCAGUGGAAGCAGGUGGGAGUAAGCCACAUCCUCAGCCAUUUCAGCUUGCCUUGAAGUUAGCAGGUGACACAUGUCUGUCACCAAGUCAUGCUCUGCAUGUUGGAGACAGUUAUGAAAAAGACUAUCAAGCUGCUCGUAAAUUAGGCUGGAAUGCCUGCUUAAUUUCCAAUCAAAAUGACACACAUAUCAGCCAAGCAGUUCAGCCUUUAUUUGUUAUUAAAGAUUUAAGAGAUUUGAUCAGUUUUGUGGAUGGAUUGGAGAAGGAUAAAAACAUUUUGACAGAUGAGAACAGCACGGUUAACAGUGAAAGCUCUUUGGCUGAGUCAUCAGAACAAAGCAAAUGUGGCAACUCAAAUGGGGAAGCUGAGGUGUUGGGAGCUGUUGUUAUGGAGACUUCCUCAUCACAUGAUAUUAGAAAGGAAGACACUGGGGAAUUGAAGAAGAUAAUGACUUCUCCCUCAGAAGACCCAGUGUCUACAAGGAUUGAAAUACAUGAUACAGUUCCAGAGUCAUUUGAUGGAAUUUCUGCUCUUGACUGUACUUCAGAGAAUGGAGGCAAGGUAGAAUUUUCUGAUUUAAAAAGAAGUCAAAUAGGAAUGACAGAAGUAAGUGACUUGGAUAAAACAGAAGCAAGUGAAUUGGAUGAAACAGAAGCAAAUGACAAAGAAAAGAGACGUGGUAGCAAAUCCAGAGUAGAGAAAUGGCUUCCACACCUGAUGUGGAUUCUGACCAGAAAGGAGCACCCAGUUAUAGCCAGGUGUCCCAGCUGUAGGGCAACAAUAAGGAAAGGGGAUUUACAUAUCGCCUUGAAAAGUCUUUGGAUUCCUAAAAAAAAUGCGAAAGAAGAUAGGAAACCCAUACAGCGAGUGUACCGCUAUUGUGUGCGGAGAAGGUGUACACAGUUCCCUCCGCAAGGCAGUGACGUCCCGGGUUUGGACGGCAAGGCCAGGAUGGUGGAUAUCUAUAUUGACCCCUUGUUAGAGCUUACUGAGGAGGAGAUUUGCCGUGUGAAGAAAAUGGGAUUUAAAACUGAGGAAAUGCCUUCCAAGAUUGGAAUGAAAACUUUGCAGAAAAACAAGCACUUGGCCAAGUUUGAAAAGAAAUAAAAAUAUACAGAAGGAAUUGUCUAGUAGCGAAUGGAUAGGUGCUUUUUUCUAACAUUUAGGUGGAAUAUUUUUAUCAAAUUGAUCUUCAUUUGACAUGGAGGGACAUUUCUGAUAAUUUGACAAAUAACAGAGCAUGUUACAAUUAUGUUUCAACUAAUACAAAAUUCAACUUACCUUAAAGAUGCAUACAAAGUCAAUUUUUUGUCACAAAAACCAACCAAAUGCCAGCAUAUAGUUUCAAGUAGUGUA